AUUUCUUUAUAUUAGUUGGAAACAUAUAUAUAUUUAAGAUACUGGGGUUAUUUGUAACCGGGGUAACAUUACUCAAGUCAUGCUUGCAUAUGCUGGUGUUUUUAGUUGUUUAGUUAUAUUUCUACCAUUAGUUCAAAUGGUUACACUUGAACAAGCUAUGUCAGAUCCUGAUAAAUAUAUAAGAUAUGAUACUAGUGAUUUUAAUAUUGGAAUGCAUGUUGGACUUUCAUUAUUAAUUAAUUAUGGAAUUCUAUCAACUGCAGUUUUAUUUAUAGUUAUAGUAUCUAAAGCUCUUGGAUAUAAAAGGAAACGACAUGGUUAAAAUGAAAGGUAUUUUCAUCUACGUGUUUGGGUGUUAUUUUCUCUCCUGUUCAGCGUUAUUUCUCCUUCUCUUCCUCCUCCUCCUACAACUCUAGUUUUGUUAUAUUGAUUAGUAGUUGAAAUGUUGGUUCAGUGAAUUGACAGAAGUGGAUGAUGAUUCCGCGUUCUUUCUUUCACCCCCCCUCCAAUUUUUCAUGAUUAUGUAAUAAGUUAAUGUGUUUUGUCUAAUUUGUGUGUUCUAUCUUAUUAUUCAUAAUAUUAGAUUUGAUUUUUUUUGGCAAUUAGAAUUCAAUUCAUUUUGAUGUAACUUACUUUGGAAUGCCGUAUAUCUGGAUGUCUGUACACACACACACACACACACAACUACAUAUACCCAGAAAUGAAAAAAAUAACCAGAUCAUCAUUAUUAUUGAAUAAACAUUAAAUUCUGUGUAUUUUUUCCCUAAUGUAAUCGUAUUUUGUUGUUAUGAGAUGUUUAAUUAUCCCAAACUGGAUUGAAUUUUCAGAGUGACUUCUUGUUGUUAUUGUUGUUGUGAACGUAGUGAUGAUGCUUUCUGUUUCAUGGUUAAUUGCGUAAUAAAUGGAUAAAUUAUUUU